AUGAGCUUCUACGAAAUAUUAGAAAAACAUCCAAAUCACAUUAUAAUAUAUACCGAUGGGUCGAGACAAAAAGGAUCAACAUCAGCAGCAGCUGUCAUUUCUAGUUUCAAACAAACCCUACUCCAUAGACUCCCACUAUACGCAUGGACCUUUACAGCUGAACUGAUAGCAAUUAACAUGGCACUGGAUCACGUAAAAAACUCCAAAACAAACCAAUUUCUAAUUGUCACAGACUCUUUAUCCAGCUUCACGGCAAUAAAUUCGGAUAGAAAUAGAAACCUCCUAGUAACAAUGAUUAAAAACAAAAUUCACAACAUAAUGGUAAAAAAUAAUUCAAUAAAAUUAGUUUGGAGUCCAAGCCACAUCGGAAUUUUGAGCAACGAAAAAGCGGACCAGGCUGCCAGCCUGGCACACUCUCUUCCAAUAUCAAACAUUCCAAUACCAAUGUAUAAAAUCAGGAAAGUAAUAGGCGUGAAGAUAGCCCAUUUGUGCUGA